AGGAUUCGAAAGUGAUAUCGCUGGUCAUACGAGAAAGAGAGAGACGUGGGCUUUACAGAAGGGAGAUACAGCCAUUCGUUCCCUCGGUCUCUCUCUUGUACCGUGCGUUCAGACUGUGAGACAUCUUCAGUCGGGAAUCUGAUUCCGACAAUUAACAAAGUAUUCUCGUAAUCACUUGUUCUCACACCAACCACUGAAUUAACAUUGAAGAACACUAAAUAGUAAUGAAGGGCACUAUACAAAUGGCAUUUUGUAUUUUGUUGUGAAGCAGCUCACAAGAGUAUCGCCUCUCAAGCCCUUUAACUGUGCUUAAACCAGUCACGCAUCACAUUCCUAACUCACAGCCCUCACCCGUUCAAAGAGAAGAAUGAAGAUCUUUCUGUGUCUCCUCUCGUUCUGUGCAGUCGUCCUGCAAGUACACUCACUUAAAUGUUAUUCCUGUGAAAAUACUGCAUCUGGCUGUAACCAUACGUGCAGCUCUGAGGACAUUUGCUCUAAAGAUACUACAAAAACUUGGUUUACUCAGACGGGAAUCGAAGACGGACUUAAAAGCUGGGGUUGCAUCCCAAAUGAGUAUUGUUUUGGACAUGUAUUGCUUCAGACAAAGUUAAAGGUUGGAAUCACUAAACGUGAAUGUUGCCAAACUGAACUCUGCAACAAAGGCGUCAUAACAGUGGUGAUCCCUGAUAAAAAGAAUGGUUUGAGGUGUUGGUCGUGCGACAAUGACAAUGGGGAAAACUGUGCAGAACCGACAAUAACGAUUGAUUGUGUUGACAUUGGAACUCGAUGCUUUACUUUGUACAGCAAUUCAACUGGAAUAGAGCAAUUCAUGCGAGGCUGUGCCUCUCCCAGUUAUUGUAGCAUAGACCCUGAAAUUGGAACGGAUUUCACCUGCUGCGGAAAAGAUCUUUGCAACGCAAGUCAGAAUGUACGCGCCACGAUCGGCACCGUGUGGCUCGCUGUCCUGAGUCUGUGGCUCUUCUGAAG